GUUAUCGAUAAUGUCGACGCUCUACUAUUAUCUCUCAGCAUACCAGAGCUGAGGUAAUGACGAAAUUUUCUGCGGGACUGAUUGCCUUCGUAAUCGACGAUAAAGAAUCCACUGGAAUCCAUGUCACUCUUCUCGCAUUCGCAUGAAUGAAUCUCACGGAACAGCUGACGGUUCCUCCUCACUCACUAUGUACUACAUGAGAUAAUAAUCGCCUUCAAGAAGAGUUCAAGUCAACGGGAAAAUAAAUGACCUCCUGCGCGUGACAGACAUCGUAUAAUAAUCAUCGUUUGAUGAUAAUUAGUUUAAUCAUUGAGUGUAUAGUAUUUACGAUCUACGGUUGUAAAAGUUAUAUCUUUUCAUAUCGAAAUGUCGUUCAAAAAGGACCUAAGGCUGCUUGUGAAGCCGUACUAUUUGAUAAAUAUCCUCCUCAGCAUCUCCUAUAUUGCCUCCAAACGCCUUCUGCCUGGAGUCUGUAAUUAUCUGUUUGCUCAAGACUAUUGUGAGCUCGAUACGAGGGAGACAGAAAUUCUCUUUUUCCUCAUGACUGUUAUCAUGAUAAGGACAAGGAAGACUGGCAGUGUGACCAUGAUAAAUUACUUGACCUCCAGUUUUGUCUACACAAAGGUGGCAAAUUUGGCGCUGUGGUUCUACGCAGAUGUACGAAUGGGCAUCCUCUUUGCAUUUAUUUUUACAUUGUGCGCAUUAGUGUUGCCAGAGCCAACGUACCAAGGGCCCGAAAAAGUGAUCUAUCUGCGCGGUGCCAAUGGACUGCAGGAAGAACUACAACGCGACACCACAGUGAUCUGGCUGGUGGCUUUCUACACGGCGUGGAAUCCGGCCUGCGUAACAUUUGCGCCAAUAUUCUCUGAACUCUCCGCGGAAUACGCGUUGGAGAAGUUUAAAUUUGGUAAAGUGGACGUUGGGAGGUAUCCAGAUGCCGCGGCAAAGUAUCGUGUCAGCGACGCUAGCACGAGCAAGCAGCUCCCAACGUUGAUACUCUUUGAAAACGGCAAGGAGGUCAUGCGGCGUCCGGACGCGCAAAAAGGAAAAAUCGUCAAGUUUCUUUUCUCCUUGGACAAUGUGAAAGCUACAUUCAGUCUCAACAAUAUUUACAGCGACUGCAAAAAAGUGAAGAAGUUGAAGGCAGAAUAAUGAAGUGAAAUACUAGAAGGCAGUUAAUGAGAAGACAUAGUUCGCAGUUGAACGAAUUUUAGUUAUAGAUGAACUUAAACUGUUAGAAAAUCCCGCUAGCGCGUUAUUUCCACCAAAUCGUAAUUCCGGGUUAACAGAUGUAAGAAUUCAUGUAAAUGUUUUGUUUGCAUAAUCUGUGCAGUAUUCUUCUAUUGUCCAGUUUUAUUUAUGUUUUAUCAUCUGUACAUAACAUUGUUAUAGCGUGUGGUGUCUGAAUGUGUAAUAUAUAUAUAUACACACACACACACACACACACACACACACACAUAUAAUAUAUUAACAUAAAGUUUAAAUGUAUACAGAAAGCUAGUUAUAUGCAAUUAAUAACGUUGCGUCGUUUCCCUUUAAAAUAAGCUUGAUAUAGUUGAUGAAUAGACCGAUCGUUGGCACAUAUUUUUUUGUUUUACUCAUAUGUAUUAUAAAAUAUUUAAAUUCAUUAAGAAAAUUAUUCUGGA